CUGAGAUGAGAUGACAAUUUUUCAUUCUUCCAUCACUACAACACCACAAUGGAUAUUCAUAGGUGUAGAUUUGUGGACUAUACUCCACAUACGAUCACUUCAACUGCAUUUUCUCAUACUUCGGUCACCAACAGGAAUACCCCUAAUGAUUUAAGAUUGGCCGUAGGAAGAAGUAACGGUGACAUCGAGAUUUGGAACCCAAAGAAUAACUGGAUCCAUGAAUUAACCUUGCCAGGCUCAAGUGGCAGAUCUGUUGAAGGGUUAGUAUGGUGUACUGGUGAGGACGAGUCUCCAAGAUUAUUUUCUAUCGGAGGUUCUACAUACAUCACUGAAUGGGACUUGAAGACCCUCAAGCCAGUCAUAAAUUAUGAUUGUAACGCCGGAACCAUCUGGUCGAUAGAUAUCAGCAGAAACCAGAAGAAAUUGGCCGUUGGUUGUGAUGAUGGUAGUGUGGUUAUGAUUGACAUCAGUGGAGGGUUCGGAUCGUUGGAACAUGAUAACAUAUGUCAGAGACAAGAUGCCAGAGUUUUGACUAUCAAGUGGUACGAGAAUGAUAUGUUGAUUGGUGGAUGUUCUGAUGGUAGAAUUAGAUCCUGGGCAGCUUCAGGUGACUCUAAGGGUAGAAUAUUAUCUACUAUGAGAGUUGAUAAAUCCAAGAUCGAAAGUACAUUGGUCUGGUCCAUUAUAGUCUUGCCAAAGAAGAAACAGAUUGUCAGUGGAGACUCCACUGGCUCUGUGAAAUUUUGGGAUCUUGAACAAUUCACAUUGUUGCAAAGUUUCAACAAGCACGAGGCCGAUGUUUUGAGUUUGGAUUUCGAUGUGCAAGAGGAGAAGAUCUUCUCAGCUGGUGUGGACAGAAAGAUUCAUCAAUAUAACUUGAUUCAAACCAAGUCAACAACCAAAUGGGUUCACAGUUUUAACAGGUUAUUGCACUCUAAUGAUAUCAGAUCCAUGUCCAUUUUCGAAAGUAAAUCUCACAACUGGUUGAUUAGUGGUGGUGUAGAGAGAUGUCUAGUGAUACAAUCAGUCCAAAACUUUUAUGAUGGAAAGUACAAGAAGUUAAGUAUAAACCAGCAAAAGUCGAACGUUUUGGUCAAUGAAUUGAAGUCGUUGGUUGUGUUAUGGCAAGACCAAACCAUCAAAAUCUGGAGAAUCACUGAUGGAAAAUACAAAUUGAUCUCAAAGUUGACGCUUAAUGAUGAUGAAAACAUCACCAGUGUCGAUAUGAAUGACGAAGGAAGCUUGUUAGCAGUUGCCAGAUUAUCAUCAGUCAAAGUAUUCGAGUUGGUGGAGCAAGAGAAAACCCUAAAGUUGAAGGUUCAAAAGAUUAGGGAUGAUAAUUUCGAUAGUUUAGUUCAAGGGGGAAAGAUUGUAAAAUUAUAUGACUCAAACAAAUUAAUAGUGGUGACUUCAGAUGAAGAAAUCUACAAAUUCAUUAUUGAUAAUGAUGCCAAAACAAUAAGUUUGGAUGAUGAGAUCGAACUUUUGGAAUCAUCUAAUGCUUCUAAGGCAAGAAUUUCUUACAUUUCCAACAUUAACAACUUAAUUAUAUCACCAGACGAGCAAAACUUGGCCAUUUCUAGAUUCAAUGGUUCUAUUGAGAUUUACUCAUUAUCUGAGUCUUCCAACGGUCAUUUGGUUUCCAAAUUAACCUCCUACCCUCAUUUGUUGGAGUUUACCAGUAGCGACAAGUUGGUUGUUAUGAACGAAGAAAACAAAAUUUACGAAUUCUUCAUUGCAUCUGAUUCCAAGUCGUUGUUGACUCCAUGGUCCAAAAGAAAUAGUGAAGUGUUACCAAAACAAUUUUUGGUCUUGGAAAGACCUCAAGGUGUGUUCGUGAAGGGGUCAAAAUUAUGGACCUAUGGGUCUAAUUGGGUUUCUUACUUCGACUUAUCUUUGAACUUGUUACAUAAGGAAGAAUCCAAGAAGAGAGGUAGAGAGGAAGAAGAAAGAAAGGAUAAGCCAAACGGUGACACCGAGCAAAAUGAUGGCGAAGACGUCGAUGAAGAUGUUGAAGACAAAUCCUAUUGGAUUACUACGAAGUACAGACCUGUUAUGAAGGUCGAAAACUUCGGCCUGAAUGAGAUUAUCGUGGUUGAAAGAUCGCAAUUCUCAUUGCCACACACCCCAGCAUUCAACUUGCCUAAGUUAAGAAUUUAGGACAAUAAAUGGUCAUUUCAAGUGAUUUAAAUAACGGUUGUAGCAAUUACGUUUUUAUAGAGUCGAAG